AUGCAGCCCUUCGGCAAACACUACGUGGUGGUCAGGCCUUUGUUUUCAGAGGAUUCCUUUGCAGAGCAGUACGAGAGGACCAACAAGAGCCACAAAACUCUACGGCACCAUCUGAAAGACUAUUGCACUUGUAAUGCAAAUCGUGCAAAGAAUGCAGCUCUUUCACUUCUUCCAAUCAUUGGAUGGAUAAAGAACUACAACAUCAAACAAUGGCUGCUGGGUGACAUUGUUUCAGGCAUCAGCACUGGGCUAGUGGCAGUGCUACAAGGACUUGCAUUCUCUUUGCUGGCCUCUUUACCACCGGGAUAUGGACUGUACACUGCAUUCUUCCCUGCAAUCAUCUACUUCUUCUUGGGCACGUCCAGACACCUGUCAGUAGGGGCCUUUCCUAUUCUGAGUCUAAUGGUGGGCGCUGUUGUCACAAGACUAGUGCCUGAUGAGGGGCCGGCAGUUAACAUCACUGCAUUUGAAGGACUGAGUAUAGAGCAACAGAGAGUUCUAGUUGCUUCCUCGGUUACUUUUGUCAUGGGAGCAUUUCAGCUCAUAAUGGGGCUGUUGCAGGUGGGCUUCAUUGUCAUGUAUCUGUCAGAGACUCUGGUGUCAGGAUUCACCACUGCAGCUGCUGUUCAGAUUUUGGUUUCCCAGCUCAGAUUUGUGUUGGGAUUGGACUUUCCUGGUAUAAACGGACCACUCGCCAUUAUUUAUACUCUAAUAGCAGUUUUUAGUCGAAUCACUAACACGAACGUGGCUGACCUGGUGACGUCUAUUGUGAUAAUGGCGCUGGUGCUUAUUGUGAAGGAGAUCAACGACAGAUUCAAGUCGAAACUACCUGUUCCGAUACCUAUAGAAGUCAUCAUGACCGUUAUCGCUUGUGGAGUCUCUUACGCAUUCAACUUUGAAGAGCGAUUUGAUGUGGUCGUGGUUGGGGAGAUGGUGAACGGAUACGAAACACCAAUUGCUCCAAAUCUGGAGGUCGUUAAAGAAAGUGCAGUGGAGGCUUUCCCUAUGGCCAUAGUGGGAUUUGCCGUGGCUUUCUCAGUAGCUAAAGUCUACUCCGUCAAACACGACUACACGAUUGAUGGAAACCAGGAGCUCCUUGCCUUCGGGGUGAGCAACAUGUUUGGGGCAUCUUUCCGAUCAUUCGCUGCCAGCACAGCCCUUUCUAGAACCGCCAUACAAGAGAGCACAGGAGGGAAGACGCAGAUCGCAGGAGUUCUGUCAGCCAUAAUGGUAUUGAUUGUGAUUGUAGCAGUAGGAUUUCUGCUUGAGCCGCUGCCCAGGUCUGUUCUGGGAGCUUUGGUCAUUGUUAACCUGAAAGGCAUGCUGAUGCAAUUCAGAGAGCUGCCGUACUUAUGGAAGAAUGACCGGUCUGAUUUCGUGACCUGGGUCGUGACCUUUCUGGCCUCUCUUUUCCUGGGCCUGGAUUUAGGGUUGGCUGUGGGUCUCGGGGCAGAAUUGUUUACUGUGGUCUGCAGGGCUCAAUUCCCACGCUGUUCCAUCCUGGCCAAUAUUACAGGAACUGACAUCUACAGGGAUCGCAAAGACUAUAGCUCUAUUUAUGAACCCGAUGGAGUUAAAAUAUUUAAAAUCCCCUCACCCAUCUUCUUUGCUAAUAUUGAUUUCUUCAAAGACAAACUGGUCCAAGCAGUGGGUUUUAGUCCCCUUAAAGUGCUGAAGAAAAGGAACAAAGCCCUGCAAAAGAUCAGAAAAAUGUUGCGUAAUGGGGAACUGGAAAUUUCAGAUAGAGGCCUUAAGGUGAGACAACCAUCAAUUGACUCUUCGGAGGAUGACAACAGUACGACAGAUCUGGACCAGCCCAUUGAUUUCUCUGGCCUUCCAAUCCAGGUGAACUGGAAAACAGAACUGCCUGCCAACAUCUCAGUCCCUCCUGUGACCAUCCACAGUUUGGUCCUGGACUUCUCUGCGGUCUCAUUCCUCGACAUAUCUGCUCUUAAGGGUCUUAAAGCGACCCUGAAAGAGUUUAUACGAAUCGAGGUUGACGUCUACAUAGUUUCAUGCGAUGUGUACAUCAUGGAGAAACUUCAUCGAUGUUCAUUUUUUGAUGAUGAGAUUAAGACGUCAGUCUUUUACCCCACACUACAUGAUGCCAUGUUGCACAUUCUGGAGAUGCAUCCAGACGGUGGACAACUAGAAAAGGAUAUGAAUAUAAACUUCGAAGUCAUUCAAAGAGACAGUAUAUCUCUGUGAGGAAGAGAAGACUAAAGAGAAAAGAGAAGCUAAAAGCCCUGCUGAAAUACUCAUUAAGUCAUGCAGGAAAGGUUGUGGUAAAACUUAACGUUAUAUGUGGGCAGAGAUUGAUUUCAACAUGGUCACAGCACAUUAUAUAAGCCUACAUUUAAGACCAGUUUUACUAAAAAAUGCACUAUUUUAGUUUACAGCAGCAUGUAUUCAUUGUUACCAUGUUUACUUGUGAUUUAGUGGUUUCACAGUAAAUGAAUUAAUGUUGGUUAUGGUUCAGUGACACGAAAUGUCACAAGCAGCGAGCAAUAGCAUUACAAAUAUAACUACUGAGACAUCUUUUUCUGCUUCUUAAGUUUUGAACGAGACAUUACUGAUGAAUGAAAACAAUUCCUACCUUACAAACGCGGUCCUACUUUAAUCUUCCGCUAUGGUCAUCUAGCGCCUCACGUGUUCUUGCUCAAAGACCAAAGUUUACUUGUACAGGUGAUUUAAAGUUUGUUAUACUCCAAAGUCCUGUAAAUAUUUCCUCCUUGAUGUAUGGGGGAGGAAAUUACUGUAAAAUGCGGAAAAUGUAACGUAUUAUUUAGUUUAUAAAGCGCACAAAGAGUUUCUAGGACUGCGGAUGGAUUUCUGAAGAUGCUAUUCAGCCGGACUCGAUACAAUAGUAAACACGCUAGUUUUAGUGUUUAAUUUAGCUUAAUCUUAUUUUAAGGACUGAUAAAUCAAACGUCUGCUCGUUUCUUGUCUUUCAAUACAAAAAUGUAUGCUGCAGUGCCAUGUUACUUAUUACAUUUUUGUAUGUUUACGUUAGAUUUGAAUUUCUGUGUAACGCUGAGUAAUGUUAAUUCAUAACCAAUUUCUUCUCUCUAUAGAGAGCUUUGCACAAACCAACUUGUCAAUAUUGGAUUUAUGUGUCUAUUAUCGUAUGCUUUUUUACUUUUACUCUGUAUUUUCGAUGUAUUUUGAAACAACAAACCAAUCCAAACAUGUAAAUACUGCUGAUUUGAUCAUGAAUGUAUCUGUAAAACGACUUUUAUUGAAUAAAAUGUUAAAAAUGA